AUGCGCUGCUUUUUGGCACUCCUCUCGGCUGCGCUCAGCUGCUUGGCUUUGGGCCAGCGUUUGCCCAUGAAUCAGCCGAUGUUCUUUCCCCGGGAGCAGGACAUUGUUUUUCCGGGCACCAAACAGUUCGAUACACUGUACAAAAUAAGCGAUUUUCAGCUGGUGGGCAGCCCCGAUAAUAGCCUGGAGCUGCCGGAGCCGCCCGCCCGCCAGCUAAAUCCGCAUGCCUAUCGGCCGGGUCAACCCUUUCCGCCGCCGCCAAAUGGUCAUCGGCACAAGAAGCGCAAAAACAGGCAGCGGCGCCUCUGCGAGCGAAAGUACUCCGAGUAUGUGGAGCGCAUAUUUCCCAACGAUACGGCCGUAACGGAAGACGCCAAUGAUGAAGAUUUCGAUGGACGCGUACUCGCUCGGCCUGGUGAAUACCCUCAUAUGGCAGCUCUCGGCUUUGCGACGAACUCCGAAAAAAUUGACUACAAAUGCGGUGGCAGUUUGAUAAGUGAGAACUUUGUAUUGACUGUGGCCCAUUGCACCGAGGUGGAGGGCGCCGCGCCGAAAUGGGUGCGAAUCGGCGGACUGAAUCUGUUGAUCGAUGAGGCGCGGGUUAAGCCGCAGAACUUUGGAAUUGAAAGCAUAUCCAAGCAUCCCGAUUACAGAGUGGACUCCUACUACAAUGAUAUCGCACUUUUAAAACUGGAGAAAGAUGUUAUUCUGACCGAGUACGUUCGCCCCAUACGUCUGUGGGUCCGCGGGGAGAUACCGACAUCGAUUGCAUUCGCCAUGGGCUAUGGCUCCACUAGCUUUGGCAAGGGCAUGACAUAUCGCUUGACCCAUCUGAAUGCGACCAUUGUGCCCAACGAGGAGUGCAACCGGGAUCUGCCCGUUUUCGCAGAGACGCCCAAUGGCAUUAUAGACAGUCAAAUAUGCGCUCAGGACUUUGUUCAAAAUCGGGACACCUGCCAAGGCGACUCGGGCGGUCCACUCCAGCUGAAUUUGCCGGGUCGCCGACAUCAGCACAUCCAUUAUCAUCUUAUUGGCAUCACCUCCUUCGGCGUGUUCUGCCGCAGCAGCUACCCAAGUGUCUACACCCGUGUAUUUACGUACCUGGACUGGAUCGAAGAAGUCGCGUGGGGUGUUCCAGAAAACUGA